GCAGGUCACAUGACACACAACGGCCAAUAGGAUUGGUCGAGUGUGGCACCAUCAGCAGGGCAGAGGAAGAGCUCUCAACUAUUCGUUAUUAUUCCACUUAAUGUCUUCAUUUUGUUGUUUUUAUGAAAUGCGGAUGUGUGAUUAUUGAAGUGUGAUUUGUCGAAAGCAGCUGCAGUGUUGUAUUUAGUUUGUUUUGUACUGGUUAAACAGGCUGGCCUGCAUGUUAACUGAAUUCUAAUGGUCACUAUUGCAUGUGAUCUGUAGGGCAGAGUAGCACAUGACACCCGGCAGCUGAGUGAAAACAAUUUUGAAGGAUGAAUUAUUUGUGGUGUUAAAGGUAAUCAGUAAGCGAUCAACUUAAACAAACAUGUCAUCCAGAUCAUCUCUUCUUAAAGUCAUUCUUCUGGGCGAUGGUGGCGUUGGCAAGAGCUCGCUCAUGAACCGCUACGUCACCAACAAGUUUGACGCCCAUCUCUUCCACACCAUCGGCGUGGAGUUUCUCAAUAAAGACCUGGAGGUCGACGGUCAUACGGUCACUCUACAGAUCUGGGAUACGGCCGGUCAGGAGAGAUUUCGCAGUCUGCGAACGCCCUUUUACCGCGGCUCCGACUGCUGCCUGCUCACCUUCAGCGUGGACGACAGCCAGAGCUUUCACAACCUGGCCAACUGGAAAAAGGAGUUUGUCUAUUACGCAGAUGUUAAGGAGCCUGAGAGUUUUCCCUUCGUGGUACUGGGCAAUAAGCUGGACGUGUCGGAGAGGCAGGUGUCGAGCGAGGAAGCCCAGGAAUGGUGCAGGGAAAACGGCGACUUCCCGUAUUUCGAGACCAGCGCUAAAGAUUCGACCAAUGUUGCGAUAGCAUUUGAAGAAGCUGUGAGGAGAGUUCUAGCCCUGGAAGACCGACAUGAACAUUUGAUUCCGACAGACACCGUCAAUCUGCACAGGAAGCCACGCAGCGGCACACCCUGCUGUUAAUGGACCACGCGUGUGUCAUAAUGAUCCAUUUACAUUAGCUAUUUAAUAGUCCUUUAGUGAACUGAAUGAGUCUGCAUUAUUUGUCCAUAUGCACUUGAAUAUCAACACUGGGUUGGGUCCAUUGGGUGACAUCUGAACUGUCCGAAUUCUGUGCGUUCAGUCAUUUAUAGAUUGUGAGAUUUGAGUUGAAGAGCAAAUGCAAUAAAUGCAGUGCAAAAAAAAUGUUUUCUUAAUCAGCACUUUAUCUUGUUUUCUAGUUAUCUAAACAUCCUUUAAACAAGAUCACUUUGCUCAAUACAUUUGUGUAUGAUGCUUGUUUUCAGAAAAUAUAUUGACUAAUAAAGUUUUCAUCCAUAACCUGUUACCAUAUAUAUAUAUUUUUUUAAAAGAAAUCCUGUGGGUUAUAUGCCUAAAACAAGGAAAAAAUACCAGUGCGGAUUUCAUCUCUUAAUAUUUUGCACAAGUCUGCUUAUAAUGUAAAUCGUUUCAAGGGUGUUUAGAUGUUUAUACUGGAAACAAGACAAAAUUGUGAUUAAGAAAACAUAUGUUUUAGUUUGUUGUUGUUGUGUCUGUUUUAUGUGAUUUUUUUUCAUCUAUAACUAUGAAUAACUAAUGCAGCUCCUGUAUUAUAGCAGGGCAGGUGUUUAUACACUGUGACUGAUGUCUAAUAUAUUAACAUAACAACAAGAUUGUGUAGAGAGUGCCAAAUAUAAAUACUUAA